UGUGAUGAGUUAAAUUUGGGGGAGAAAUCGUCCACAUUUUGAGUCGAUAACACAUUAAAUUUGUGAAAAUGGCAUCGUCGUGGCUCUAUUUUGCCUCGAUAACUUUGGUCAUCGCGACGUACGUGGUGUCGCUGAACAUACCGUCCAUCGUCAUCCCGACGACGAUCCUGCCGCCGACGUCGUCAGGGUCCUCGCUCCUCGACACGAUUGGCCAGUACUCCAGUGGAGCCUCGAAUUUAGCCUGUGAAGUAAAUCCGACCGGAUUACUGUGUAACACGAGCGUUUCAACGGGACAUAAAAUCAUUCAAAACCUCCCUGCGGACGCGACGAUCCGACCGUGUUCCGUAUUUCUAGCGAGUCCCCACUGUUGCGCGCAGUUUUGUCCACCUGGUGUGGGCGGCAGGUGCGAUUUGGAGACGGGGGCGUGUUUCUGCAAUCCGUCCGGAGUUCCGAACGCGUGUCAAUUGCUGCUGCAAACGGAGACGUAUUCGACAGACGGGAUGAACUCGAACGACCUCGCGCUGCUCGGAAUCUGCAAAGAAAAGUGCAAAUCGAACCCGAACAAUUGCACGAAAGCGGCCGCGGCCACGGAUGGAAUCGUCGGAACUGUGUGCUUCUGCUACUGCUGAGAUCUUUUAGGGGGUGGAAAUUUUGAUUUUUUUUUAUAAAAUUAUGAAUUUUAUAAAAUUUGAAAUUUUACUUAUUUUCGAUUGUUUUAUUUUGCGUGUACAACAUCUUUGAAAAUAAUUAAGAUUGCACAAUUUUGAACGAAUUUUGUAUUCGGGAUCCAAUACGGUUUUUUAAAUUAUGGAAUGAAAACCAAUUUUGCUGCUGGAAAUUAUUUUUUAAUAAAAUUGAAUCAUAA